UGUUAAUCGUGUGGUGUGGAGCUAUGGCUGAGAGGAAAGGUUCGUUAUUGGCAAAGUCUGUUUCUAAACAUGCUGGGAGAGCUAAAGAAAAGUUCCUUCAAAAUUUCGGAAAGGUGGACAGGACAGCUGAUGAUAUUUUCGAUGAACACUUGGAGAACUUCAACAGGCAACAGAUUUCUGCCAAUCGCCUCCAGAAGGAAUUCAAUAAUUAUAUCCGAUGUAUAAGAGCCGUGCAGGCCGCUAGUAAGUCCCUCUUCGAUUGUAUCAACGACGUCUACGAAGGCGGAUGGGUCGGACAGGAUGUACUCUACGCCCAGUCGUCGAACCUGGAAAUGCUUUGGCAGGACUUGAGCCACAAGUUAGCCGAUCAAGUCCUCCUACCUCUCAACACAUACUCUGCUCAAUUUCCCGAAAUGAAAAAAAAGAUCGAUAAAAGGUCGAGGAAGCUUGUGGAUUACGACGGCCAAAGACACAACAUGCAAUCUCUUGAAGGCGGUGGCGGAAAGAAGAGGGAUGAAACAAAGGUUCUGAAAGCUCGUGAACAGUUGCAGCAGGCCAAGAGAACUUACGAAUUGUUGAACAGUGAACUUCACGACGAUCUUCCAGCUUUGUAUCAUUCCAGAAUUUUAUUUUUAGUUAACAAUCUUCAGACACUUUUUUCAGCGGAACAAGUCUUCCAUACAGAAACUUCAAAGGUAUAUUCAGAGCUCGAAGCGAUCAUCGAUAAAUUAGCCACAGAUAGCCAAAGGCAGUCGUACACCCCAAGGAAAGUUACUUAUUCGCCAAAAAUCAACAAUAUCAAUUCAAACAGCCCAGGUUCACCUACCUCUACAACAGGUGCGACAACAGAUAAUUUACCACCUGGUGUAUUGUACAAAGUUAAAGCCACAUACAGGUACAAUCGAGAAGAUGUCGACGAGCUGUCAUUCGAAGUUGGAGAAAUUAUCCGGGUCGUGCAGUAUGACGACCCUGAGGAGCAGGAGGAAGGCUGGUUGAUGGGAUUGAAGGAGUCGACAGGAGAGAAGGGGAUGUUCCCUGCCAACUUCACCCGCCCCCUGUGAGGAGCCGCCGAUGACGGGAACGGCUCUGUUAGUGUGAAUUAUACUUUAGUGGCAAAGGCCGACGUGCUGAUAACUUUAUAUUCAGUAUAAUGCCACUUUUGCAGGAACGGUCUAGUUAUAGGUUACCUACGACCGACUUAUAAAUAAAUAAUUAUUUUUGAAGCUCGUAAUUUAUACAUUACGAAUUUACGAAGGCAUGUUGCAACAAACAGAAAUAAUCGUUGUUAUAUGUGAUAUAUUUUUCAAAAUUACUGUAUAUGAAUAUUAUAUGAACUAUUCUCUUUUACUUGGAUUUUAUUUUAUUGAAAAUAAUUUACAUUAUUAUUACCAAUUAGUGCCUUUAAUUGAUGACAAUUUUUAUGGAAAUAAUAAUAUUUUGUCAAAAUAAAAACCAUUUAA